GGGGAGAAGGCCCCUUCUAGAAUAUACAGGAGUGAGUUGAGUUCUCUUUCUCCAAAACCCCGACGAGACCAAACCUCUCAAAACCCUAGCAUAGUCUCUCAUUUGUGGUCCACCUACACCAGCAGAACCAGCCAUGGCGCUGAGCUCUCUUCGACUCCGCCGAACCCUCUGCGCCCUCUCAAACCUCCAUCGCUCUCUCUCUGCAACCUCUGCACUGUCAUUUUCACACUCUUCUUCCUCUCCUAUGCUCAAUGGCCCCACCUCAGCACAAUCGCCUGCAUCGCACCCGAAAUCCUGGACCCUCCUCCUCCAUUCUCGGACGUUCAGGUCGUCCUCGCUCUCUUCUGCUCGAUCGGCGCCAUACGACAACAACCAAAACGAGAAGAUGGACCCCAAUACGGUACUGUUCGAAGGGUGCGAUUACAACCACUGGCUCAUUGUCAUGGAUUACCCGCAAACCAACCGGCCUCCGGCUGAGGAGAUGGUCAGAACUUAUGAGGAAACCUGUGCUAAAGGCUUGAACAUCAGUGUGGAAGAGGCGAAACAGAAGAUGUAUGCUUGUAGCACUACAACGUACACAGGCUUUCAGGUCGUAAUGUCUGAGGAAGAGUCACAGAAGUUCGAAGGUUUACCUGGAGUUGUUUUUGUGUUGCCAGAUUCUUACAUUGACCCACAAAACAAGGAAUAUGGAGGAGACAAAUACGUUAAUGGUACAAUCUAUCCAAGACCACCCCCAGUUCAUUAUGGAAGACAGCAGGGGAGAUACAAUGAUCGUAACAGAAAUCCUGACCCACCAAGAUACAAUAGGCAAGGACCGACGCCUAAUCAGCAAGGGAAUCCCUCCUAUAAUAUAAAGGGGCCUAUGCAAGAUAGAGGGAACUAUGGACCUUCACAAACUUAUGGCUCACAAAGACAAGGAGAUAACAGAGGCCCUUUACCAGUGAAUACCCCUGGAGGGAGGGAUGCGUAUCAGCCAGGGAGAGAUCCAGUACCUUCAUAUCAGGGCAAUUAUAACCAAGCGGGGCAGCAAAAUUAUCAUCCCCAAGAACAAAGGAACUUCCCAGAAGGAGAUCAGAGGAAUUAUGCCCCUCCUGGUCCGGUGGGAUUUAGGCGAGAUGAUAGGAAUUAUGUUCCCCCACAAACUGAAACUCAUGGGCAAGGUUUGGGUGGAUUUCAGGGCCAGGGAACAGCUGGAGCUUAUGGGCAAGGACCGAACUCUGGAGCUUAUGGGCAAGGACCGAGCUCUGGAUCUUAUAGCCAAGGACCGAACUCUGGAGCUUAUGGGCAAGGACCGAACUCUGGAGCUUAUGGGCAAGAAGGACUGAGCUCCGGAGCUUAUGGGCAAGGACUGAGCCCCGGAACCUUCGGUCAAGGACCGAACCCUGGAGCCUUUAGCCAAGGACCGAGCUCUGGAGCCUUUGGCCAAGGACCGAGCUCUGGAGCCUUUGGCCAAGGACCGAGCUCUGGAGCCUUUGGGCAAGAAACAGCAGUAACAGCUUCUGGUAAUGGGCAGAGCUACCCUGGGUACGGAGGAGAUCAGAGGUUUUCACAAGGGGAGCAGAGGAAUGUGCAAGGUGAACAAAGCAACUAUGCACCCACAGGACAGACAGGAAUUGAGCAAGGGAGGUAUUGAUGACAUGCCAAUCAUGACAAUGCGAGAUGGGAUGUAGGAAGGAGUUUUAUCAAUCAUUUGCCCCUCUUGUUUGAUCUGAUUUGAAGGGAGAUUGCUUGACCUUCUGAACUCUUUCCAUGGUACAUAAUCUGUCAAAUUUUCUUGUGCGCAUCAUUUUUUUUUCCUAGUGAAAUCAGAACUUUUAGCUUUCCUUGUUUGUUUUACGAGCUUGAACUUGAAUUUUGCUCCUAAUGAAGUAUACAAAUGUAAUGCGUGCCAA